AUGGCCUCGCCAUUGCCUGCCGACAUAAUCUACAUCAUAGUCGAGCUGCUGGAACAGGAGAGGGACUUCAAUAGCUUGUUCCAAUGUGCUGUCACUGCGAGAUGCUUUGCCGGGCAGGCUUUGGCAGCUCUGUACAAAGGCGGCGGAACUGAGAUUAGCGACUCGACGCAUGUUCGGAGGAAAUGGGCCCUGAUGUGGCGCUCCAUCAUGCUUUCUACUCUAAAUCAGACGUAUCUCCCGUACUACAGCUAUAUGCGGUACCUGGAUCUCAAUGACCUAUCGAAUCUUCUCAGUCAUAGUUCGUUCACUGGCGCGAUCCAGGAGAACUUCUUCACAUUAGAGCUCCAGGACCUUGUGUCCCAUGGCUAUGAGCCAAAGGGGAAUAAGCGUCUUCGAUCAUUGAGGAAUCUGCCUGACAACAAAUGGAUUUUGUCUAAAUUUGGCUCCGCUAAAUGGCCCAAGCGAUUAUUCAAAGAACCUCCUCGAUACGUGGAAUGUCGUGUGACGGCUCUGACCAUUUGGUCUGGCGUCUCUCUCACAGAACAUGCUGGUGACAGAAUUCGAGAGUAUUGUCCUGACUUUAGACAAAUAAUAAUAUAUAGAUGGAUCAAUGAACAGGGCAGAAAUUCCGAGACAGAUGCCGAAAUGUUCCUCGAUGAACUGCUACCUCACAGUUUAAAGUACUUUGAGAUGCUAAGCUCUUGCCAUCUGGGACCUCGCUCGAUCAGAGCCAUAGGCACUCAAUUAAACUCGCUAGUAGAGUUAAAAUUGACGAGUCUUGGUAUAGAGGCAAUAGCGGAGCUGCCCACGUUGGCGGUGCCACCAGUGUUGAAAGUACUGGUGUUGACUGACUCCAUUCCAGCAGCACGAAACGAAUACUUUUAUUCCACUGUCACCCGGGUGGCAGACUGGAUUCGAAGUUGCAAAUCCCUGCGCCAACUGGAGCUCAGGAGGUUUGUUGACGAUUCUCGUCUACUGUCACAAGUUCUUAAUGACGAGAGCGUCCGCCUCCGCGCAUUGUCACUAACAGGAUAUACAAUGGUGGGCAGUCAUGAUUUUCACAGUGCUCUAGCAUGUCAGCAGUCUCUACAGCAUUUGCUUCUCCGAGGUGAAUGCUCUGAGAUUCCCGCAGACACUGAAUUGCUUAUUCAGGCCAUCGGCCAACUUGCCAAUUUGCGUGAGCUUGAGCUUAAGGAUAUUUCGGACUACUUCACUUCAAAUCAUGUCAAAGCUCUGACACCUUGCAUCCCUCAUCUCGAGAGACUUUGGAUUGGAGGGGAUUUUUUCGACGAUGACAUUUGGGCUGCCUUCCGGUGCCUUCCAGAGUUGAAGAGUCUUGCGAUCCAUGCGCUCAGCGAGUUCACAGCUCAAGGCAUACUAGAUUUUAUCUCCAGUCUUGGAGUUGAUCAUCGAGGGAUGAAUCUCUCGAUUCUGAACUCGGUGGCGCCAGGUCUCACUGCGGAAGCACAAAUCUUGAUUCGCGACACUUUGAAAGGACAUCUGGACGGGACAUUCGACUUUGGCCUAGCACAGGGUAGAGAAUUCAUCCAACCUCAAAAGACGUCCUUACUGACAGUAUCGCAGAGGAAUACAGUGAUGUUGACUCAGAAGACAUAUCGGAUUGAUCAACUCUUAACCACUAUGUUGAAUAUCGCUCUCGUGAAGAAGCAUUGA